AUGUCUGUUGCAACUACCGAUAUUCUUCUUUGUUCAUCAUCUAUACUUUCAUCAAAUUCUGACUCUCAUCGUCUAUCAACAUCACGUCAAUAUUCUCCAACAACAAAAAGAAAUGAACGACAAUCUCUACCAAGAAAUAAUGUCUUUGGUGAUAGCGUUAUUGAUUCAUUUCUUGUUUCAUCAUCAUCAUCAAAUUUAACUCAAUCAACAACAAAUAUUUCUCAACAAGAUAUAUCAAAACGAGUUUCAUCAUCAACAAAACGUUAUGUUUCAUCAUUUAAAACACUAGUGAAUUCUACUAGUAGCAAACAUGCACAACGAUUAAGUUAUGUUAAUGAUAGUGUUAUUAUCGUUAAAUUAUCAAAAGAAAAUGCAACAGAAAAUAAUAGUAGUAUAUCACAGUUAUCGAACAAAAAUUCUACUUUACCAAUGACAGCAUCAAGAACCCUUACAACUCCAUCUCGUAAACAAUCAUCUUUUUCUCCAUCAAGAUUAAGUCCAGUGUUGAAACUUGAAGCGCAGAAACGUCGACUUACACAUCAUGAUUCUUCUUCAAUUACAUCAACAAAUAAUUAUUUAAAUAUUUCUUCAAAUUUAAUUAAUAGUAUGGCAAUGAGUACAACCAGUCAUACACCAUCCAAUCCAUCUUUAUUUACUUAUCGAAAUACACUAACAGGAGGCAACACUAUUCGACAAAGAGCAUUCGUUGAAACACCUACGAAUAACUUAUUAAUUACAACAGAACGAAUUAAAUCAAAUAUAUCUUCAGCUAUGCGUCCAACACGGCAACCAUUAACAACAGCAACUGCAACAACAACAAUGUCAUCUACAUAUAUUUCAUCUCAACAAUCACAACGUAAUGCUAAUCAAAAUACAAGAUCACGUAUUCAACAAGAUAAAUCAAUGAAUUUGAAAGAACUUUAUGAAUAUCCUGAUCCAUUUACUAAUUGUCCUCAAGAUUUUCUAAGUAAAUUAGCUCAACUUACAAAACUUCAAUUAGAAACAAUUGAAUGGGAAAAGAAACGACGAUUUGCAAAGAAAAAAACAAUACCAAACGGCAUGAUACAAGGAAAAGACAGUCCUUAA